GAUGAACAUAAGUAUUCAGAAGUAUUGAGUGAAGAAACCAUCCACUGUUGAUGGGACUCCGUGACGCUGACUGUGGAGUGGUUGAUUCAAGUCACUUAUAGACGAUACUGGAAGAAGAAGUUCUUGUCUGAAAAUUCCAAUUUCAAUUACUUGUGCAUUGUGCUGAUUAUAUUAUACUACUACAUAUGUAAAAAAAACAAAAAAAUUGUUAUUCAAUAGUUACAAUUGAUUUUAAAUACAAUAUAUACGAGUGUCAAAUGCCGAAUCCGUCCGAGGACUGCGUCAUGAGCUCGUUGAUGGCCAAGUGCACCGGGUUGCACUACAUCAUCGACCCGGAGGGCCCCACGCUCGGCGGCCACAACGUCUUUCGCGCGACUGUAAUGGCCAUGAUCGCGUUCACGGUGGUCUGCCUGUCCCUGUGCCCGUUCGGGCUGUAUUACUGGGCGAACGACGUGACACAGUGCAUCAUCCAACUGAUCAUCAUCGGCAACUUCUCGUUCGGGUGCUUCAAAGCGUUCACCAUCGUCCGGCACUCGGACGACAUCCGCAGGUGUCUGGACGUGGCGCGCUUCGAUUUCGCGCCCGGCGCCAUCAUGUCGGAUCCCGAUUCGGCCCGUUUCUUCCGGACGUGUCGCGACGCGUCGUCCACGUUCACCGGUUGGUUCGCCGCCAGCAGUCAUCUCGUGCUGUUGGUGUGGACGCUGCUGCCGUUCGUCGUCGUCGGCAAGACCGUCGAAAUAAUGAACCGCGACGGGUCGUCCAGCGACUACCACUUCAACCCGUACAACAUGUAUUUCCUGGUGUCCAGCGAGACGUACAACCGAUGGCAUCUCGUCUUCCACCUGGUCGAAUGGGCGUUUGGCAUGUGUUUCGUACUGUUCAUGGUACUUUUCGACACGUUCAUGGUCACGGUGUGCGUGGCGAUAACGUGCCAGCUGAGAGGCAUCGCCGACGCGUACAGAAAACUGGGACACAACCGUUGUGCGGCCGCAUCAAACGUCUGUUUCGAUGGUGAAAUUGAAUCAAAUAGUUCAAAUAACGAAUAUUUAAAAGAUUUGAAAUUGAUCAUCAAGCAUCAUCAAGCAGUGUUGGGGAAAAUGAACGAUUUUUAUAAAAUCGUUGGCCCAGUUAUACUUCCUCAACUAAUCGUGGCUUCAUUUACAAUCAUAUUUGUUUCAUUUAUUAUCACAAGGAAUUAUUUUAACGGCAUGUUACUAACGUCAACACAAUCGCUAAAAAUGUGCAGUUUUCCGAUAUUUUUCUUUCAAAUAUAUUAUACUUGUCUCGCAUUUGGAAAUCUCAACCAUCAGAAAAACGUCAUGAACUUUGCACUCUACUCUAGUGACUGGACACAGAUGGAAAUGAAAUUUAAAAAGUUACUUUUAUUAGCAAUGCGAAUGCACGAUGCCAACAAAUUGGACAUGAAAUUAACUGCUGAAUUAAUUAUCAACUUAGAAUUAUUUACUAGAGUCAUCAAUAUGUGUUAUUCAAUUUUUUCGGUCUUAGUCAAUUCUCAGUUGAAGAUAGCAGAUAAACAAUAAAUUCGUUGUUGUCGUUCAAUAUGCAACGUUAUUAAUAUAGUAAAACAAAUGGGCAAGUGUCGAGAUUAAAAAAUAAAUUAACCUAAAUUUAAACAACAGUUAAA